GCAGGCGGCGAUAAUGGGGCGGCCAUGGCCCGGGCCGGCAGCCCCACCGGCGACGCGGAGCGGGCGGGGGGCGUUGAGCCGCAGGACCCCUUGGAGCUGUCCCUGGAGGAAGUGCUGAAGGCGUAUGAGCAGCCCAUCAACGAGGAGCAGGCGUGGGCCGUGUGCUUCCAGUGCUGCCGCGGGCUGCGGGGCGCGCCGGGCGGCCGGCGCCGCAUCCGGGACACGGCGGACAUCCUGCUGCGCCGGGACGGCUCGGUGGGCGCGCGGCGGGAGCCCGGCUCGCCGGAGCCCACAACAAUGGUGGUGCCACCGGCCAGCUCAGAAGCCCAGAUGGUGCAAUCACUGGGUUUUGCCAUCUACCGCGCCUUGGACUGGGGCCUGGACGAGAGCGAGGAGCGUGAGCUCAGCCCGCAGCUGGAGCGGCUCAUCGACCUCAUGGCUAACAGCGACAGCGACGAUGGUGGCUGCGGGGCCGACGAGGGCUACGGGGGCCCAGAGGAGGAGGAGGAGACUGAGGGUGCCCCGCGUGCCGUGCGUACUUUUGCUCAGGCCAUGCGGCUGUGUGCUGCGCGCUUGACUGAGCCCCGCUGCGCGCAGGCGCACUACCAGGCUGUGUGCCGCGCUCUCUUCCUGGAGACGCUGGAGCUGCGCGCCUUCCUUGCCCGUGUGCGCGAGGCCAAGGAGAUGCUGCAGAAGUUUCGGGAGGACGAACCCCAGGCAGAGAAGCCCCUGGCAGACCUCAACAACCUGGGGCACACGGACUGGACCAGACUCUGGGUCCAGCUCAUGCGGGAGCUUCGCCACGGAGUGAAACUCAAAAAAGUGCAGGAGCGGGACUUCAAUCCACUGCCCACGGAGUUCCAGCUCACGCCCUUCGAGAUGCUCAUGCAGGACAUCCGCGCUCGCAACUACAAGCUGCGGAAGGUCAUGGUAGACGGGGACAUCCCUCCCAGGGUGAAGAAGGACGCCCACGAGAUCAUCCUGGACUUCAUUCGCUCGAGGCCGCCGCUGAAGCAGGUCUCGGAGAGGAGGCUUCGCCCAUUACCAGAGAAGCAGAGGACCCUGCACGAGAAGAUUCUGGAGGAGAUCAAACAGGAGCGGAAGCUUCGGCCUGUGGCAAGCUCACCCUGGGAUGGCCGUGGAUUUGGCUCUCUGCCCUGCAUCUUCAACGCAUGCGCUGGAGAUGUUAAAUCCACUUCCUACAUCAACCUGUCCACCCCAGAUACCAAGAGCAGCACCCAGCGCCUGCGACCCCGGGUCCUGCUCAAGGCACCCACCUUGGCUGAGUUGGAGGAGAUGACCACAUCGGAGGAAGAGGAGUCCCCGUGCGGGGAGACGAUGCUGAAGCGGGACCGUUCCUUCUCGGAGCAUGACCUGGCCCAGCUCCGGAGUGAGGUGGACUCAGCCCUGCCAGCUUCUGAGUCCUCAGCAGCGAGGGAGCUGCCGGCCAGGCCCCGUGCAGGCAGCGUGCAUGCCUGGAGACCCAACACCGAGGACCACGGCAAGUGUUCCUUCCCUGUGAGCGGCCAGGCCCGGCCAGGCCCCAGCCCGCCCACACUCAGCAGCCUGGGUGCAGUCGAGGAGAGGCCUGAGGCCACUGCGGCCCUGGACAACCAGGCCAAGCACCUGUGGCUGGAGUUCAGCCACCCCGUGGAGAGCCUGGCACUGACUGUGGAGGAGGUGAUGGACGUGCGCCGAGUACUGGUGAAGGCUGAGAUGGAAAAGUUUCUGCAGAACAGGGAGCUCUACAACAACCUGAAGAAGGGGAAGAUUUGCUGUUGCUGUCGAAUCAAGUUCCCACUGUUCUCCUGGCCACCCACCUGUCUCUUUUGCAAGAGAGCUGUCUGUCCUUCCUGUAGCAUAAAGAUGAAGAUGCCUUCUAAGAAGUUUGCACACAUCCCAGUAUACACUCUGGGCUUUGAGUGUCCUCCAAGGGUUUCAAGUGCCCGAACCACAACAGCGCAGAGAAAAGAUGUCUUCCAAUCCCUCCAGGGGCCCCAGUGGCGGGGUGUGGAGGAGGAAUUUCCCCACAUCUACGCCCACGGCUGCAUCUUGAAGGGCGUCUGCAGCGACUGCACCAGCUUCGUGGCCGAAGUGGUCCGCUCCAGCCGCAAGAGUGUGGACGUCCUCAACACCACGCCACGCCGCGCACGCCAGACCCAGUCCCUCUACAUCCCCUCCACCCGGACUCUGGACUUCCAGUGACUGCCCUCCUGCCGGCGGCUUUCCAGGUCCCCUGCCGGGGCACAGCAGCCCCUGCCCCUUAGCUGUGCAUGUACAUAUAUACAUAUAUAGACACAUUUAUAUUAUACACAGCCUCUAUAUUUAUAUACACAGUUCCUGGACCCUCCCUGGGGGAGGCUGUUUCCUCUCAAAUUCCCUUGAUGGAUGCUGCGGGGGUGUAGGUCCUGGGUAGAAUGGAGAAUUCUAGAUGGGGCCUCAGGUAAGACCCUGCCCCACGUGGUUCUUGCUGCUUCCCCAUCCUCCCAGGAUGUCCCCCUGGAAUUCUCCCUGGGUGGAUGUCCACGGCGGGAAAGGACCCAGGCACCCUGCAUCUAGCUGCUCUCCCUCACUCAGGGGCUCAGGCUCAGAGGCCCCAGCUGAGGUUCACCCACCCUGCACCGCAGGGACUGAGGUCUGGCCGUGCCCACUAUCCCGGCCUGCUGUCUGUCCCUGCUCCGCUUGGCCCGCCACGUUGGGUGUGUGCCCCUUGCCAGACUGGCACUCUGGGCCCAGGAGCACCUCGAGGUGCUAGGCAGUCCUGGUUCAGGAGGGGUGCAGUGCUGUAAGUUUGUACACAUGGCUACGCUUGGCCUAAUAAAGGUGGUCUCGCAGUUGCUUGUCUGGGGUAUAGCCUGAGGUGUGGUCCAGUCUUGCUCAGUGCUUAUAGCAGGGGACAUGGUCCCUGAAGGUGGAAGCUGAGCUCUAGGGGCUGCCCACCUGCCCACCAGGACUGGGAGAAACCUCUCAGCCCAUAGUUAAGUGGGCAUAAAGGAAACCCAGGCCAUCUCCUCUCUACCAAUCUCAUGAUGCUGGCCCAAUCUCAGUACUGAAGCCAGUAGGACUAUAUCAGGACAGCAGUUCAAGCCACUGCCCAGGGUCUGCUCUAGCCACGCCUGCCAGCCUCAUUUCCCAAAUCUCUGUAACUGCUCUCUUGGGCACUGACACCGGGGUCCACCUGCUCCUCGGGGGAUGGUCGGGGAUGGGGGGCUGCUCCCAGGCUCAGGCCCUGCACUGGACCUUCUGUGCUCACUCUACCUAGGAGGAGAGUUCUACCAUCAUCCCAUAUUACAGAUGAGGAAACAGGCUCAAGGAGAGGAAUUUGGCAAAAGACAGCUUAUCCAGGCUGAGCCCAGGCUACCAUGAGGGAGUCAGAUAACAUAGAGAAGCUAUGGAACUGAACGCCCCUAGAAAACAAUGGAAUAAAGUAGAUUGCCUAGAAGUUGUGAUACAGUAAGGGUUAAAAGCCCCUGACCACUGAUCCCCACACUUAGUUAUCUAGUGCUGCUAUAACAGAAACACCACAAGUAGGUGGCUUUAACAUUUAUUUUCUCACAGUUUAAGAGGCUAGAAGUCCAAAUUCAGGGUCCCGGCUCUAGGGGAAGGUUUUCUCUGUCAGCUCUGGAGGAGGGUCCUUGU